AUGGCACCGAAGAAGGAUAUCGUUCAUUGUGAGUAUGCUAAGAGAGGAGUAUGGCUCAUGAAGGUUCCACGGUAUUUAUCCGAUCUGUGGGAAGCAAAUGCUGGUACAGAUGUUGGAAGAUUAGUUAUCUCGAGUGGAGGACGACAGGUGCGAUUUGUUAGUAAGCCGGACUUACAACCUACACAAAGCACUUCUGAGUUGAAACCUCCUGAGGAGUUCAAUGUCGUUCUCCGUGAUAUACCUGUGCAAAAAAUGGCUGUUCUGGAGGAGGACAAGUCGGGAUUGAAUGACGAACUUAACAUGAGAUCUGGAAGACUUGCCAUCCAAGGGAGAGUCGUUAAACGAGCAGAGUGUCAGCCAGUAGGAAACAAAGAAUAUAUGAGAAUGAAGAUAGCGCAUUUCCAAAAGAGUGUUCAACCUAAAAAGUUUGUAAAACAGUUAGACCAGGCUGUUUCUAACUUCAAACCAGUAUCUAUUCACUCAGAAGAUUUGGCUCGUAUGAAGCAAAAGAAAGAGGGGGCUAAAACAGUGCGAGGUGAUCGUGAUAUGGUUCGUGAAUCUCUGUUCCACGCAUUUGAAAAGCAUCAGUAUUAUCGUUUACAAGAUCUCCAGCAGUUAACUCAGCAGCCUGCAGGUUAUGUCAAAGAAAUCUUACAGGAAAUCGCAGUAUACAACGCUGCUCCUCCACACAAGAGUAUGUGGGAGUUGAAACCAGAAUACAGAAGUUACGGGCAUCCAGGAUCUUAA